AUGGCUGAUGUUGAUGCAAUCCGGGGCAAAAAAUUGAACAUCAUCAAACUUACCACACAGGGAUCAAAUUCUAGUGAGACGAACAAUGGGAAUUCAUUCGCAUUUGAUAUGCAACAAUUCAUGCAGAUGUUUGCAAAAAUGAAAGCUGAAAUGAAAAAACAAAACGCUGAAAUGAAGGCUGGUGCCGAUUGUCGAGCAGAAACAAGCGAUAAACAAUUCGCGAAAAUGAAAGCUGAUGCCAUGUCUGCAAAGACCGAUCAACGGAUAGCCGAAUCAAGAGAAAAGAGAGCCGAAUUACGAGCGGCCAAUGAAAUAAUACAACCAACUUUUGAGAAAAUAUCUCUUAAUAAAGAGACUAUACCAGAAACGGCUACACAAGAGUCGGAAAUUAUUCUACCAGCAUAUUCACCAACAAAUGAUGUCGACGGCGACGCACGUGUUAACUGCGAUGCACGUGGUACCUGCAAUGCACGUAACAACUAUGAUGCACGUGUUGACGUGCAGAAAGGUAGUCAUCACGUUGAUGAAAAGAAAGAUGAUGACAACAGUGAUACAGUUUACAUCAAUCUUGAUGAUGAUUGA